CCUUCUGAGAAAUGUUUGCUCUUUGGCUGCUUGUGGAGAGCCUCCAAAGGAAGAGCUACCAGUUUCUGAGACAGAAGUCUUAUCUUUUUAAGUCAUCUCUUCCAUAGAAGACUAAUGCCGGAGAAACUGAGGCAGGAGAGAGAUUAGAGAGUUUUUAAUAUUUUAUUAAUGGGAGAGUAAGAUUGACUGGACAGGACUCUCGUCUCAGAUUAUCCAGUCAGACAGAGAUAAGUAUACUGGGACCAAGGAAUCCAUAUUGGUCCCAGGGCUGGAGGACCCAAAGAAUCCAGCGUCCAGCAUACAACUGCCAGCCGCCAUACUCCAGCAAUGAAUGGAGGAACCCCAACUUCUUAAAUACCUUUUUGGAGACAAAGAGAAAGGGAGGGAAAGUUUUUAUCAGGGAGGGGAAGCCAUAAAACCUAAAAAUUCCAGAGACAAAGAAGUAAAGAUAUCAUGGGUUAAUCUUGGAAUAUUCUAAAGGAAUAUUGUAAAUCCAUAAAAGAAUCAGGAGAUCUACUCUUUUAUCUUGCUAAUUUAUAACCCGAGAGGGAAUAAUCCUUAGUUUUACUGGGUCAGAGACAGAACAGUUAAGGUAACUGAGACAGGGAAACUGAGUCAGGACAGUUAAAGAGAACUGUGGCAUAACAAGACAACACAAUCCUUAUCUUUUCCCACUGGCUGCUGCUUGAUCUCUGCCUCCCUUUUCCCCUCUCCUUUCCUUCCUCCAUUCCCUUCUGUCUUUCUAUCUCUGUCUCUGUGUCUUUGUCUCUGUCUCUCUAUAUCUCUGUUUCUCUCUGUCUCCCCCCUACCCUCCUCCCCCGUCUCCCUCUUUCCCUCUCUCCUGUCCCCUCCCUUUUCCCCAUCCUUCUCUUCUUUCCCUUUUCCAGCCCUUUUUCCCACACCCAGGGGCUAACUCCAAACAGGAGAGAGAAGGGGCACCAAGCACUCAGGACACCGACAUGGUAGAGACUACAGGCCCCUCACAGCAGCCAGCAGGCCCCAUUCCAUCCAGACACCAAGGCCAAAGCCUCUCAACCCUUCACCCACUCUCUUCCCUACUGAAGGACGGAGCCCAUGCUCCAGGUUGAAGUCAGCAUUGGAGGCCUCCAUCCUCCGCCCCUGGCCUCCUCUCAAAUCUCACUUCACGGCACUCUUUCUCCCACUCCCUAACAUCGGCCCUUGACGUUCCUGGUCACCUGGCAACCUCCUCCCCUUUGAAAAGGAAUUUUGGGGCAUCGCUGGCUGUCAAUCCUUUCUGGCCCAGCUCAGGUACGGGUCUUGCCUUGUCUUCCAGUGAUUGUCCCUCAUGUCUUUCAUGUACACAUACCACAUUCUGACAUGGCAGAGUUAUUUGUGUGUGUGCAUUUUAUCAUCCUGUUGUUUUAUAGGAGGCAAUACCCUCCCUACCCUCAGCAUACAGUUGGGGCUUAAUACUUGUUCACUUCAUUGAAUCAAAGUUUUCCUAUCUAGCCUUGUGCUCAACUAUGCAUAUGGCCUGGGCCAUAUGGGGGUGGGGGGUCUGAGCUUCCAAGAGCAGGAGAGGAAAUCCUGGCUCAUUGGCAGAGGGGGAGUGAGCAUUUUUUCAAGGGCAAAGAAAAUUCUUUUUAAAAAUGCAAACCCAAAGAUAUUGGCCACAGUUUUUGCCCCCAAAAGGCACCGAGCCAAGGGGAUGGAUGCUUGCUUUUUCAAAGGUAGGCUGCUUUUUUUCAGCGAUCUGCAUGUGGCCAGGCUUCCACGAACAGUCCUUGGGAGCCGUGGCUCAGCCAGAACAUUUGGCACCCGGCAGGUGGGUUCUCUCCAGAUAGCUCCGUUUGAAUGUGCACAGUGGGUGGACUCCACCUGGGCACAGAGAGCAGGCGGUCUGGCGGCACAGCGGGCCGGGGCGGACUCGCUCGCAGGCUCACAGCCCGUGGAGGGGAGCCGUUCGGCCUGGCGUUCCACUGGCACUCUGUGCCGCCCCUCUCCCCCCAGAAUGUGGCCGAUAUCAAGAAAAUGAAGUCAGCAGGGAUCUGCACGGUCAAGGGGAUCCAGAUGACCACCAGAAGGGCCCUGUGCAACAUCAAAGGCCUCUCCGAAGCCAAAGUGGACAAGAUUAAGGAGGCGGCCAACAAGCUCAUCGAGCCAGGGUUCCUGACUGCAUUUGAGUAUAGCGAGAAGCGAAAGAUGGUGUUCCACGUCACCACGGGAAGCCAGGAAUUUGAUAAGCUCUUGGGUGGUGGAAUUGAAAGCAUGGCAAUUACAGAAGCUUUUGGGGAAUUUCGAACAGGAAAAACCCAGCUUUCUCACACUCUCUGUGUGACAGCUCAGUUGCCAGGAACUGGAGGCUACACAGGAGGAAAGGUUAUCUUCAUCGACACGGAAAAUACUUUCCGCCCAGACCGUCUUCGAGACAUCGCUGACCGCUAUAAUGUGGACCACGAUGCUGUCCUGGACAACGUACUCUACGCCCGAGCUUAUACCAGUGAGCAUCAGAUGGAGCUGCUGGAUUACGUGGCUGCCAAGUUCCACGAGGAGGGCGGCAUCUUCAAGCUUCUGAUCAUUGACUCCAUCAUGGCGCUCUUCCGCGUGGAUUUCAGUGGCCGAGGCGAGUUAGCGGAGCGGCAGCAGAAACUGGCCCAGAUGUUGUCUCGACUGCAGAAAAUAUCAGAAGAAUACAACGUGGCUGUGUUUGUGACCAAUCAGAUGACAGCUGAUCCAGGAGCAACUCUGACUUUUCAGGCAGACCCUAAAAAGCCCAUUGGGGGUCACAUCCUGGCCCAUGCUUCAACGACAAGGAUCUGCUUGCGUAAGGGAAGAGGAGAACUUCGAAUCGCCAAAAUUUAUGACAGCCCCGAGAUGCCUGAAAAUGAAGCCACCUUCGCAAUAACAGCUGGAGGAAUUGGGGAUGCCAAGGAGUAGGUGGAGAGCUGGUGCGGCUCGGGGGGGCAGAACAGGCUCCCUCAGACCCGAAGAAAGGGAAGAAAACCACAGAUUCAGCGCAUGAAGACAGGCUGUGUUUUUUCACAUGAUUCAGAGUGUUGACUAAUGCAAAGUGGGUAAAAGAGAUAAAAAUUGUUCCUUGCCUUUUAAGUACCUGGUUCCUCUCCUUUCAUCUUUUCAAAGUGUACCCCCAGAUUUUCUAAAUUCUCAGAACAGACAUCGGAUGAACCCACAGAGUUCUGCCCUGCAGUUUUCCGGAGUUCUAUUACCCCCGCUCAUCCUUCACUUAUAUUUCCAAAAAUAGGAAAGCUUUGUGAAUACUGGGGUAGAGAGGCUCAUCGGGCCCAGGAGAAAACCGUAUGUAUUGAGCACAUCAGAGUGUCUGAGUGGCCUUAUCAUUCCUAGCAAAAUAAACUAAGUCACUGUGUAGGACAGGUUGGCUUCCAGCAGCUUCAGACUGUCAGAUUGCAAAUGUUUAAAGGGUUAACUUUGUUUCCUUCUGCUUAUUAAACACAAAACUUGUUCCAGCAAA